ACUCUCAUGGAGAAGUUUUUCAAAUUCCGACUCUAUUGGUUGGAUUAAAAUGUAAUAAAUUGAGAAAACCGCAGCAAGCCGAUUCAAGGGUGGCAAAGGGCUUUUGGGGGACAAAGAAGUGUGGCCUAUUAGGAGUGUUGGAAGAUGUUCUGCUCGGAUAGCUGCGACUUUGGCUGCAAGGUCCCUUCCGGGGCCAAGGUAAACACAUGCGGAAACGGCCAACAGUCUGCAGCUGGUGUCCCACAGUCAUCCCAACAGCAGCAGCAACAGCAGUUCAACAUGUGCUUUGCUCCCCUGCCGAUGCAGACCAACAACGAAAUGUGUGCCAGGUGUGAGCAGGCAGAGCCUCCCAGAGUGGGCCUGUGCAUGGUUACCGAAGGUCCAGAGGGUUUGAGCAUUGAUUGCAACGUGCCCUUGCCCAAUUCUUUCAACCUGGACGAGUACAAGAAACAGAUGUUCUACUCCUGCUGUCCACCCACCAAUAUGAGUACUUACUACGAUAGCUACUCCUUGCCGCAAUCAGGGGUGUCCGGAACGUUUGUUGGCAUGAGUCCAGGCCAGGGUCUUAGUCCGAUUUCAAGUCCCAAUCCCAUUAUAUCGCCGGGAUGCAGUUUCCAUUGCCAGAGCUGCCCGCUGGGAGGAUCUUGUACAGGGUAUGAAUCUCUACCGAUGCCUUCCCAUCCGAUGCAGCCGACACCAGGGGCGUUGCCUUUGCCAAAGUCAGCAGGGAUUUCCCGACAAGAACCGGCCAUGUCUCCUACUCCGGCAAUGCUACCGCAAAUCUUCUGCAUGGGUGCUCCCAAUAACAACAAUGGCAACACUGCCUCAUGCAUGGAGGCCUCCAACGGCCUCCAACAGUCGGACCAACAGCCCAUGUACUUUUGUGGCAUGGUGCCGGCACAGGCUUGGAAUCUUCAGGCUAUUAAUCUGGUUCCAGUGAUGCCAAUACCGCAACAGCAGCAACCACUUAUAACAAAUUCUGGCCAGGAUUCGCAGCAGUUGUCGCCGCAGCAGCAGCAGGCGUCCCAAUUCCUACGUCUGCCCUGUGACCUGUCCUUUUCCCGCCUCCUCACUGAGUUACGGCGGGAGCGGGACAGGUCCUGCUGCGACUCCUCUGCCACGACUCCUUCAACCCAGCCGCUGUCCCUGCAACUGUUUGCACCGACGCAUACAGUGACCUUUUGUGAUCCACCAGCCACCACAAUGUGUGCUGCAGGUCCGGCAAAAAGAGAAGCUUCCACGUCUGUAACACCACCACCUGAUCCACCAGCCACCAGAUCGACACCACCAACAACAUCUCCGGCAGCAACAUCUUCGACAGUGCCACCGGACUCAAGUACUGCCACCGCCGCUGCCGCUCCGUCCAGAGCUCGUUCAGUUAGCCCAAAACGCAGCAGGUCUUGCUUGCGAAACAAGGACGUUUGGGGCGGCAGUGGACCCGCCCAAAGCCACCCCGCCUAUCCAUCUUCCGCCCAACACGGAUCUGGCAAUGUGUGCAUGAAAUGCGGCAAUUGCUGGCACUGCCCGCGCUGCAAUUGUCCCAGUUGUUCCAGUUGCUCUUGGCAUCCCGGCUUGCUGCGUCCACCUUCGAGAGAGAGCAGAUGCAGACAGUUCUCAGACCGAUAAAUAUAUCAGACCUGCUACCCCCAUAGAAUUCAAAUACAAUAAACAUCAACUAGCAAUAUGAA